CCGCGCGCCGGGGCGAUGCUGCGGGCCGCCGCCGCCUGUCUGCUGGGCCUGGCCGCCGCCUGGCUGCUGGGCCGCGGGUGGCAGCGGGCGGGCGGCCGCCUGCUGAGCGCCGCCGAGCUGGCGCGGUACACGGGCGCCGAGGGCUCGCCCGGCCUCUACUUGGCCGUGCUGGGGCAGGUCUUCGACGUGCGCCGCGGCCGCGAGCACUACGGGCCGGGCGGCGCAUACAGCGGCCUGGCGGGCAGAGACGCAUCCCGGGCCUUCGUGACGGGAGACUUCUCGGCGCAGGGGCUGGUGGACGACGUGUCGGGGCUGCCCCCGCGGGACGCGCCCGCGCUGCGCCGCUGGCUGCGCUUCUACCAGGAGCAAUACGGCUUCGUGGGCAAACUGGUGGGAAGGUUCUGUGAUGAGAACGGGGCACCCACAGAGGCUCUGAAACAAGCGGAGGCCCUCAUUGAAGAAGGCUUGAAGCUUAAGGCACAAAGUGAAGAGGAGAACCAACAGUUUCCACCUUGCAACUCUGAAUGGAGCUCAAGCGGUGGCACCAGAUUCUGGUGUUCCAAACAAAGCGGAGGAGUGAAGAGAGACUGGAUUGGUGUACCGAGGAAGCUUUACAAGCCUGGAUCCAGAGACAGUUAUUGUGUGUGCGCGCGAACUACUGGGCCUCCUUCUGGGCAACUGGAUUACAGUGAGCAUAAGGACAGAGGUGACUUGGACAAUCCUCACUUGCAAGAAUAUGAAGGGUGCCAUCCACUAGCAGACUGGUGUGCUCUAAGAGACUAAGUUAAAAUAAGCUUUUUGGCCCCCAAAGUGAAACAAGUUUGACAGGGCUAAGGGCACAAAAAGCACUUUUUCACUUCAUUGCAGAUUUUCUUGCACCUUAAAAACAUGGCUCAGGAACCAGUUUGUAUAAGCAUGUGUAAAUAAAUGAAAGAACCACACUGUA